AUGGGGGACAGUUAACGACCGCAUCAUAUUCGCAGUCCCGCCGAAUAUAAUCCCCUCGUUAACCAAAAAAAAAAAAUCAAACAUUUCGUCUGUAUUUCACCGUUUACCGGUGUACGGCACCACUUAAUACCGUCAAAUAGUCACUUUAACUCAUCAAAAAUUGAUCACAAAAGGAAAAAUAAGGCUGGAACAUGGGGGCUUACCUAUCAGAGCCGAUAACGAAAAAAAUCUCGAGCGACGAGUCGGGUGAGAAUGUGGCGUUCGGCGCGAGCUCCAUGCAGGGCUGGCGAGUCAGCCAAGAGGACGCCCACAACUGCUGCAUAUCGUUCGACCCCAACACGUCCCUCUUCGCAGUGUACGACGGCCACGGUGGUCACGAGGUGGCGACCUACUGUUCCCAGAAGCUCCCAGACUUCAUAAAAUCCACCGAUUCCUACAAGAAAGGCGACAUACCCCAGGCCCUGAUCGACGCAUUUUUGGGUUUCGACGCGACCCUGGCGACACCCGCGACAGUGUCAACCCUGAAAAAAAUAGCGGGUUCAAGCCUCCCAGAGAAGGAGCCCACAGACUCCUGCGACUCCUCCGAGGAGGACACAAUAACAAAUCUCCGAAAGGAGGCGGAAAUGCCAUUGGAGCAGGUGAUGUUGAAAUACCAAACAGAAACCGAUAAAUCCUACCGAGGUAUAGCCUCCCCCUUUCUCCGAUGUCGUCGAUCAAAACCAAGCUGUUCAUCAGGGAGUUCAGCUGGCUGUUCCACAUCAUCGACAAACGAAUCAGACGUCUCGAGUAGCAGUGCAACGAGUGCAGACGCCUCAGACACAAAAUCACUGGACGAAAGUGGUGAAAAAAAAAGUGAACCAGGAAGCAGUGAUUCCGAUCAACUUCUGGACUCAACGAGCAAUGGUGACGAUUCCCAUUCAGCUCCAGUCAUUAAAACAGACAUGCCAGACAGUUCUGAGGACGCAGCUGACAAAAUUGAUAGUAAAAUAUCAUCCAAUUCAGAGAUGAAUGGAGAAGACAAGAAGAUUUCCACCCCUGACAGCAGCAAGACAGACAAUGUCUCGUCGUCUUGCAACUCUUUUGGCAAUGGUGAUGCUGAUGAUGUCGAGGGCAUCUCCAGCAGCAGCAUAAAGGCCAUUGGUGAGCACAUCUACAGGGCUCUGCUGCAGAGAACAGUGGACGAUGGCGAGGAAUCUGACACUGACGACGAGGAGGACGAGACCUUCAGAGGGGGAAUGGUGGAGGGAAGCGAUGAUGAUGAGGAUGAGGAGGAUGAUGAUGAUGAUGAGGUGGAGGACGAGGAGAGUGAGGUUGACGACGAGGAGGACGAGAUGGAUGAUGAUGAUGGGGAGUUCAACAUCACUGAGGAGCCAGGGGCUGACAGUGGCUGCACAGCUGUGGUGGCUCUACUCCAGGGAAAUGAGCUCUAUGUGGCGAAUGCCGGUGACUCCAGGUGUGUCCUCUGCAGGGACGGUGAGGCCAUGGAGCUGAGCCUGGAUCAUAAACCAGAGGAUCAACCGGAGAUGGCGAGAAUCGUGAAGGCUGGGGGAAAGGUCACGUCUGAUGGAAGGGUCAAUGGGGGACUUAAUCUCUCUAGGGCACUGGGGGAUCAUGCUUACAAGCAGAACAGUGCUCUUCCUCCUGAGGAGCAGAUGAUAUCGGCCCUGCCCGACAUCAAGAGGGUCACCAUUGAUCCCAAGAGGGAUGAGUUCAUGGUUUUGGCGUGCGAUGGUAUAUGGAAUUUCAUGUCUUCGGGGGAUGUCGUCAAGUUUGUGAGGGAGAGGCUGAAGAACAGCGGGGAAAAUAUAUCCAAGAUCUGUGAGGAGCUUUUCGACCACUGCCUGGCACCAGACACAAUGGGGGACGGUACAGGCUGCGACAAUAUGACAGCUGUAAUCGUAAAAUUCAAAAAUCCAUCAGCACCCGAGACCCAGAACAACGGUGACACCGAGGAAACCCGAGUAACAAAGAAGAGGCCCCUUUCCACCGAAAGUACCGAAGAAAAUUCCGAAGUCAAGAAUGAUCUACCAAUUGAUGAGUGUAAACGUGCAAAAAUGGAGGCAGUCUGAAGGGAAGAAAAUGAAUUCAAUCAUAAACUCGAUACCCUCGACUGUCCAAAAGUGAAUGUGAAAGUUUAUAAUUUCAUUUAUCAUUAUUUUCUCUCCUUUUGAAUGAAAAAAAAAAGUAAUCUUAAUGUUUCUGGACAUGCAGUUAUGCAAGUUUAUUAACUUGAUUAAUGUAAUUAGUGUUUUUUCGGGUAUUCGUGAUGAUUAUUAUCGUUAAGGAGCACAUGAGCACACUAUUUCCCUCGUCAUUCAAUUUUUUCUGCAAUUUUUUUACGUUUAAAGCAGAGGCUGAAGCCACAAAGGCCUAAAUUCGUAAAAAUGGUAAAAUGUAUUUCGUAAUUGCCUGAUUAUCUCGGUAACGAGUGGCUCCACCAAAAAAUAUCAUAGGGCCUUUUAUGCGGAGAUUUGAAUUUCCAACAAAAAAUGUCUCUCGACAUUGACCCCUAAAUCCACUCAUUAUCGAGAUAAUUCAACGUUUAAUAAAUCGAAAAAUUGUAUCAUUCCAUUUUACCAGUAAAAUCAUCCCAAUUAAUCGAACAAUUAACGCAUUCAGGUAAUUAAUUUUUUUUUCAAUUAUAAAUCGACAAUCAUGAAUUCAAUUUCUUGAGCCACUAUUUUCAUACAACCACUCAUAUGCUCCAAAAUAAUUCAUUAAUUGUUAAGUUACACUUAAUUUAGGAGGUGUAAUAGAAAUGUAAAUAUUUGAGAUGAAAAUUGAGCAGAAAAAAAUGAUAAAGGAUACGAAUGAAUAAAAUAGAGCAUAGGGUUUAUAUUUGUAACGAGGACACGAUAUCAUUUUUUUUUUCAUUUCAUCAACGAGAAAUUGAAAUUUUUUUCCUAGGAAGAAGUAAGUCAGUCGAACAAUUUGACGAUUUUGGGGAUGAGGGGGCACCCCUCAGUAUCCAGGGAUAAAUACCCCUGAAUAAAAACCCUGUAUGCCUUUUAGAAAAUGAAAACGACAUCUGGAGAAUUUCAAAGAUAGAAACAUUUUUUUUUUUAUUUGUGGGUAAAUUUCCCUGGUUAUGGAAUUAAAUUACUCACAUAAAAACCUGAUUGAUAGUUUCUGAAAUGAACGAAUGUUUUUAAUAAAAAUUACGAAAACCUGAAA